UGUGCCUGGGGAACCCCUUCUGAGCUGUAGAGAUCACAUGCAGAAAACAAGCACAGCUCCACUUGUAAGAUUGCCUUGGUACUGCACCCCUCCAUCCUGCUGCAAUGAGUGGGAAGUCCUUGCUCUUAAAGGUCAUUCUCCUCGGGGAUGGUGGAGUUGGGAAAAGUUCCCUCAUGAACCGGUACGUCACCAACAAGUUUGACUCACAGGCUUUCCACACGAUUGGUGUGGAGUUUUUAAACCGGGACCUGGAGGUGGAUGGACGUUUUGUGACCCUCCAGAUUUGGGACACUGCGGGACAGGAGAGAUUCAAGAGCCUGCGAACCCCCUUUUACAGGGGAGCAGACUGCUGCCUGCUGACCUUCAGUGUGGAUGACCGGCAGAGCUUUGAGAACCUCAGUAACUGGCAGAAGGAGUUUGUCUAUUAUGCUGACGUGAAGGACCCUGAACACUUCCCAUUUGUAGUCCUGGGCAACAAGAUAGACAAACUUGAGAGACAAGUGAGCACAGAGGAGGCCCAGGCCUGGUGCAUGGAAAAUGGUAACUAUCCCUACCUGGAGACUAGUGCCAAGGAUGACACCAAUGUGGCAGUGGCCUUUGAAGAGGCUGUGCGACAGGUGCUGGCGGUGGAGGAGCAGCUAGAGCACUGCAUGCUGGGCCACACCAUUGACCUGCACUCCAGCUCCAAAUCAGGGUCUUCCUGUUGUUAAGAGUGGCUGCUGCUUCGGGAACGUCGCUUGGGCAAGCGGCUGGAUCAGAAUAAGCGCAGGCAGCUCUGGGGCACUCUGAGGAGAGUGGCCACAAGGACAAUAGGUGGUUUGCUCAGUGGGGAGUUGCAGCCUCACCAUCUGAAUUCUGGCUGGAGUUUUCGGGCACAGAGGAUGUAUCUGCAGGAGGGAGCUGUCAAAAGAGCAUGUGAACAUAGUCCUGCUUCUAUUUCUGCCUGUUUCAGUAGGUUUAAAGGACUGGGUUAAAGUCCUUUAAAUUCACUAAAGACAGUGAAUUCUGAUCUGUACCA